AUGUUGCACUACAACUAGCUGGAAAUCCGAAGCCAAAGUCAAUGCUCUCUGCGUCUAUAAGUACAAACACUGCCUACCUCCAAAUUCAAAAUGGUCAAGCUCGCCAACAUCGCCCUCGCCAUCGCGGCCGCCAUCGCCGGCACCGAAGCCGCCUUCACGCGGGCGUGCAACGCGCCGUACGACGUGUGCGGCUGGAUCCUGACCAACGGCGUCUACGGCUACGACCAGGCCACGCUGCAGGCGGCGGCCACCGCUGCCGGCCAGAGUCCUACCACUAGCCAGCUGUACAACGGCCUGUACGGCUGCCGCGACAACGGCACCAUCAUCUGGAAGCAGUUGUGCACGUCGGGCUGCCAGCCGCCUGUCACCUUCAACUCGUUCUGCCACUAGGGUUGGUAGUUAGCAGUGGAGCAGGUGUAGUGGUUGGAUGGGGUGGGAGUGGGCUCCAGAG